AGGCGGUGCCUCCAAGGCCGGCAAGGGCGCUCAGGCCAAGAAGGCCGCCCAGGCUGCCCUCAAGGGUGUGCACUCGCACAAGAAGACCAAGGUCCGCACGUCGACCACCUUCCACCGCCCCAAGACGCUCGUCCUGUCGCGCUCCCCCAAGUACCCGCGCAAGUCGAUUCCUCACGAGCCCCGCCUCGAUGAGCACAAGAUCAUCGUCCACCCUCUCAACACCGAGGGUGCCCUGAAGAAGAUUGAGGAGCAAAACACCCUUGUCUUCAUCGUCGAUGUCAAGGCCAACAAGGCCCAGAUCAAACUGGCCCUGAAGAAGCUCUACGACAUUGACACCGUCAAGAUCAAUACCCUGAUCCGCCCUGACGGCACUAAGAAGGCGUUCGCUCGCCUCACCGCUGAUGUUGACGCUCUCGACAUUGCUGCCACCAAGCUCGGCCUAGUCUAAACCUUCUGUUUUCGGCUGGGUGCUGGGGAAUCAAAAAAUGGUUGGCACAUCGAAGGGGCAUGGAUUGCAUUUCGGUCGGCGUCAGAUACCUGGGCUUGGGCAUAUGACUUGGCAAUGAAAGAAUUGACAACGCCCUUCGUACCCUUAUGGCUGUCGUGUGCUGUAUUGUGUUGAUGACUUCACAACAAUACUCGGAAUUUGCGCAGAGCCUGAAACUCCGGUCGAGCAGGUUGAUCGCCAUAAAUAGAUCGGAGUCAGACAGAUGCUCAUGGAUCUUUUCAUACGGAAACCUCGUUCCAUUACUCUUUCCCCUCUAUGCCCGUACCGUCACAACCCUUAGUGUACAGUGU